GAUAUGUGUGAGCCUGCGUGUGGUUGACUGUUAUUCAACGUUACUAUCAUUUGCACUCAACGGGCUGUAAGGAAUUUUCUUUGAUAAUUCAACUCUGUUAGACCAACCAUCUCCUUCAAGACUAAUGGUGACUGGACCAGAUAGUCUGGGUGUGACUCAGAUGACUCUGCUGAUUCUCAUCCACAGUUUCACCUCUAAGUCUGUGAAGUUUGAGGUUCUGGGUCCAACUGAACCAAUUGUUGCUGUGGCUGGUGAUGACAUAAUUCUGCCCUGUUACCUCAAACCCAACAUCAGUGUUGAGGACAUGACAGUGGACUGGCUGAACCUGGACUACAUAGAUGAACGUGUCUAUCGUUACCAAAAUGGAAGAAUCAUAGAAGUGGAUCAGAUUCCCUCUUACACAGGAAGAACAUCACUGUUUAAAGAGGAACUGUGGAGGGGUAACACCUCUUUAAAACUGACCAGGGUACAAGGCUCUGAUGAAGGACAGUAUAAAUGCUUUAUUAAGUCACAGAACUGGUAUGAUGACAUGAAUAUCCUAGUCCUGGUUAAAGCUGUAGGAUCCAGACCAGUGGUGUCCAUUGAAGGACACAGAGAGGGAGGGAUGGGUCUGGUGUGUCAAUCUGAAGGCUGGCACCCUGAACCUGAUCUGGUGUGGCUGGACAGUAAAGGAGUCAGUCUCUCUGCUGGACCUCCUGAAACACACAGAGACUUAAAGGGAUUCUACACAAUCAAACAACAUGUCAUUGUCCAAGAGACUGACACCAACCUCUUUACCUGUAGAGUCCUACAAAGACAAAUCAAUGAGAAGGUGGAGACAGAGGUUCACAUCCCUAGUGAGUUGUUUGAUUACACAACUCCAUGGAGACGGUCCUUCAUUGUGUCAUGUUGUUUGGGAGUCUUCUCUGUGAUUGGGUUUUCUAUGACUGUCUACUGGAUACAUAAAAAGAAAGUUGUGACCAUUGCUGAGCUCAACAAACAGCAGGAUGACCUCAGGAAGUAUGUUUUUGAUGCCAUCAGAAGACAUGCAGUGGAUGUGACUCUGGACCCUGAUACUGCAUUUCCCUACCUCAUCCUGUCUGAUGACGGGAAACAAGUGAGACAUGUAGACACGAAUCAGAAUCCCCCUGACAACCCAAAGAGGUUUACAUAUUAUCCCAGUGUCCUGGGUAAGGAGGGCUUCUUCUCCGGGAGAUUCUACUAUGAGGUUCAGGUGAAGGAGAAGACUAGAUGGGUUUUGGGAGUGGCCAGAGAGUCAGUCAACAGGAAGGUGGGGAUUACAGAGAGACCUGAGUAUGGUUACUGGACUGUGUAUCAGUAUGAUGGAGUGUAUUGGGCUCUCACUGACCCCCCUGUCACCCUCUCCCUGAGAGAGAAGCCCCAGAAGGUGGGGGUGUUUGUGGAUUAUGAGGAGGGACAGGUCUCCUUCUUCAAUGUGGAGGCCAGGUGUCAUAUCUACUCUUUCACUGGACAAACCUUCAAUAAGGAGAAACUCUAUCCUUACUUCAACCCUGGUUUAAACUCAGCCUCACUGGUCAUCUGUCCUGUAGAUGUUACUGACUGACUGUUUUAAAUCAAUUCAGGAUGGAGAAAUGUUGGCAGGAAUAUGAAUUAUUAUUCCUGCCAACAUUAUUAUUAUGUUUGAUUAUCAAGUAUUGAUCAGAGUGUGUGUUGAUAUAUAGGCUGUCUGUGUUUUGUUUAAGUAAAGGUUAUUGUAAUGUUUGUCGUGUUUUAGGAGAUUGUGUUGUUCUAUGAUGUCACUGACCUCCUCUUACUAAACAACACAAGAAGAAAGGCCCAAACCCCCUUUUGUCCUGUGUAAUUUAAUACCCGGACCACCUUAUGACAUUUGAUUUAGUUCAGUAAAGCAGGUGUUAAUGGGGGUGAAAGGAGACUGGAGAUCCACUUUAAACAAAAGAACAUGUCACUCAGUUGACAACUUCAAAAUGGUAGACGUCCUUAAUGGUGCUAAACCAGGAUCUGUAUGACAUGAGCCCUCUAUCCAUGUCUAUGGAGGAAAGUAAUCAGUGACACAAUAGCCAGAGAAACCCAAGAGACAGGUCAGAUAAGUGUAAUAUAUUAGAGGUUUAUUCAGGUAUUUACAGGGUUUCAGACAAGUGUGUAUUCCAUACAACACUAAAUUAACCUUGAAAUAUGUCACUUAUUGGGGCUGGGGAACCUUAAAAAAUGUACAUGUGUAUUUUUGCAGUUGUUCUGUUUAUAAUAAUAUUAUGUCACAGUGAUGGAUCUGUUAGAGUUUACUG